AUCAGUGUUUAUUUUGUUUGUAAAUAAAAUGUGAUUUUUUAAACACUAAUUGAAUGCAAAAAACUAUAACUAAAUUAAUGUCUAAAAUGACUGAUAUUUACAAUUAUAAUCAUUAAUCUUCACGAUUAUCACAAUUUUGGUUACAGUGCGGCCAUCGAUAGCUUUUGUGGGCUAACAAUCACUUCCCAAGCAAUGCAAUCACUGUUAAGACUAAAGAUAUUGAUGUCGUCGACCACGAGAUUAUCACCAAAUGAGUGCCAAAGAUGUUACCGAUUACUUACAACAACGAUAACAUCGCGAAGACAUUGUAGUCAAACAGUACAACACAAGAGACUGGUGUUAUCGGAAACUACCGGUACUAACAAAAUGGACAAUAAGUUGUCUGUAGAGACAAAUGUGAUUCAAGAGCUCAAUAACAGCGAUAAUCUGUUGCUGUAUUGUCCCAAAUGGCAGCUCAUGUACGAUGUCUUCUAUAAGUCAGCCGUCCAUCAGACCAACAACAAGACAACCAAAAUGUCUGCCAAAAUCACCGAUGAUAUCACCGAUCAAUUAGAUAAAGUCAUUAGCGAUGAUACCAACGGACAGUUUAUUGGCGAUUGGAAAUCAGUUGAUAAACUUAAUAGUCAAUCAUUAGCCAAGUAUUACUCACAAUUGGCGAAACUAAGACUAACCGGACUAGUAGUUUUGACAACUAUGGCCGGUUACUAUAUGGGUCUUCAAUCGCCAUUAGAUCCAAUGGUAUUAUCACUUACACUGUUAGGCACAGGUCUUACCUCAAGCUCGGCCACAGCUAUCAAUCAGUUUCUCGAAAUACCAUUUGACUCACAAAUGAAGAGGACAAAGAACCGGCCGUUAGUUUUGGGCAAAAUUAGUCCAUUGCAUGCGUGCGGGUUUGCGGCCGUUACCGGUGUUUCUGGUCUCGCAUUAUUAUUAUACGUGAAUCCAUUGACAGCACUGUUAGGUGCUUCCAAUUUAGUACUUUAUUCCUUUAUUUAUACUCCUAUGAAAAGAGCUCACAUUGCAAACACAUGGAUCGGUGCUAUAGUGGGUGCCAUACCUCCAGUCAUGGGUUUUACAGCCGCCACGAAUAGCAUCGGAAUUAAUGCUAUACUAAUGGGUUUAAUUCUGUAUUCGUGGCAAUUCCCACACUUUAACGCCCUGUCCUGGAAUAUGCGACACGAAUACGCCAGGGCUGGCUUCAGAAUGAUGUCCGUAACUGAGCCUAAACUAUGUCUAAAUACAUCACUUCGACACUCGUGUCUUAUAUUAGUUUACAGUACUAUCAUGUGCUCUACAUUAACCACUUGGAUGUUUGCUGUCGACUCUUUACCCAUCAACUUAUACCUCAUAUAUUUGGCGCAUCAGUUUAGAUCAAAUCCGGACGCAAAGUCUUCGAGAAAAUUAUUUUUCUAUUCAUUAAUACAUUUACCGGCACUCAUACUAUUGAUGUGUAUAAGCAAAAGGAGAGACCAAACAAAUAAAACUACUAAAAGCAACAAUAAUCCCAAAGAUGAU